CCCCUCCAUCCCCGGCUCGCCGAGGGCUGUGCCGCAGGUGAGGGCGGCCCCGCCGGGGCGGGGCGGAGCGGGCCCAGGGUGUCCCCGGGCCCCGCUCCGCUCUGCCCGGCUCGGCUCCGCAGGAAGCGCCGCCCGCGCUCCUUCCUCCUCCCGCCUCUUUCUCCUCCUCGUCCUCCGCCCGCCUGCGGCGGCGGCGGCGGCUCGGCGAUGCAGCAGCACUUUUCCCUGGCCGAGUGCGACGUGGUGGGCUUCGACCUGGACCACACGCUCUGCCGGUACCACCUCCCGCAGAGCGCACGGCUAAUAUAUGAUAGUUUUGCCCAGUACCUGGUAACAGAGAAGGGAUAUAAUGAAGACUUGCUGACUCUAGCUCCAGACAGCUUAGACUUCUGUUGCAAAGGCUUGGUGUUGGACAUUGAAGAAGGAAACUUCCUGAAACUUGCAGAAGAUGGAACAGUUUUAAGGGCAAGCCAUGGUACAAAGAGCAUGACAGUCGAAGAGAUCCUGGAAAUAUAUGGAAGGAAGGAGUGGAAGCAUUUUAAUACAGUCAGUGGAAUGGUUUCACGCACAGCUAAAUACUAUUUGUAUGAUAAUUAUUUUGACCUGCCAGGAGCUCUUUUGUGUGCAAGGGUUGUGGACAGCUUAGAUCAGCAUGAUGGUCAGAAAAAAUAUGACUUCUGGAAGGACAUGGUGGCUGCUAUCCAACAUAAUUAUAAAAUAUCAGCUUUUAAAGAAGACUGUGGGAUGUAUUUCCCAGAAGUGAAAAAUCAUCCAGACAAAUAUUUACAAAAAUGUCCCGAGUCUGUAAAAAAGUGGCUGAAGCAACUAAAGAAUGCUGGGAAGAUUCUGCUGUUAAUUACCAGUUCUCACAGUGACUACUGCAGGCUUCUGUGUGAACAUGUUCUUGGGAAUGAUUUUGAACAGUAUUUUGACAUUUUGAUCACAAAUGCUUUGAAACCUGGUUUCUUCUCUCAUACACCAAAUCAAAGACCUUUCCGAACUCUUGAAAAUGACGAGGAGCAGGAGGCUCUGCUGUCACUGGACAAGCCUGGUUGGUAUUCCCAAGGUAAUGCUAUCCAGCUUUAUGACCUACUGAAGAAGAUGACUGGCAAGUUGGAUCCCAAGGUUGUUUAUUUUGGUGACAGUAUGCACUCAGAUAUUUUUCCAGCUCAUCACUAUAGCAACUGGGAAACUGUCUUCAUCUUAGAGGAGCUUCUAGGGGACAAAGGUAUAGUGCCUGCAAAAGCUGAAUCCGAGCCCUUGGAGAAGAAAGGGAAAUAUGAGGGAGAUCAGCUCAAAGUUCCUUACUUCGUAUCUAAACAGUGGGGCUCUUUCUUCAUGGACAGAUUGCCAGGCCUGGAAAAUGCAGAGGAGACCUUAGUUCACACGUGGUCCUGUAAAUGUAUUAGCACUUACAGCACUAUUGCAAUCCCUAGUCUGGAAGCAAUAGCAGAUUUACCACUGGAUUAUAGAUUUACACGAUUUUCCUCAAAUAGUUCAACUGCUGGGUACUACCCGAGCCCUCCAAGAGCACUGCUGCCAAAUGAGGACUCAGCGAUGAUGAAAUAGGUUGCUGGCUUUUUCCUUAGAUAACCCUGUGGCCCUUACUUAAACUGCUAUCAAUUGCUAAUUGCUGAAAAUGCUGUGUGAUGCUUCAUAAAAUAGAGUGAUGGAUUAAAGCAGACUCCUGUGUA